GCCGCUGGCCCGGAAGCGCUCGGGCGCCGGCGGCGCGGCGCGUGCGUGUUUGAGGGCGGACGCCGGCCUCCGGGCGCGAUGGUCUUCCUCACCGCGCAGCUCUUGCUGCGGAACCGCGUCACGGACCGCUACUGGCGGUUGCAGGAGGUGCUGCAGCACGCGCGGCACUUCCGGGGACGGAAGAAUCGCUGCUACCGGUUGGCGGUCAGGGCGGUGACCCGAGCGUUUGUGAAAUGCACGCGGGCCCGCAGACUGAAGAAGAGGAGCAUGCGGACGCUCUGGAUUAAUCGAAUUACAGCUGCAUCCCAGGAACAUGGCCUGAAGUACCCAGCAUUCAUUAUCAACUUAGUUAAGUGCCAGGUGGAGCUCAACAGGAAAGUGCUUGCGGAUCUAGCCAUCUAUGAACCAAAGACUUUUAAAUCUUUGACUGCUCUGGCCCAGAGGCGGCGACAGGAAGGAUUUGCUGCUGCCUUGGGGGAUGGGAAGGAACCUGAAGGUGUAUUUUCCAGAGUGGUGCAAUACCAUUGAGAGGCUCUGACACUGCCUGCCCUGGGCAGCUGAGUGUCUU